UGCUUUCCAGAAUGGAUAAGAAAAAAGGAACAGGAUGGGGGAUGGCACUCCCCAGAAUAGAGCAACGCGAAAAAAGAAAAAAGCUCCAGAUGGAAGGUGGAUGGUACCUUUCCAAAUCAUAGUUAUAUAAUCUCAUGCAUUUGGUCUCUUGCAGGUACCUUGACACAAAGCGGAAUGCCUUCCCUCGCUUCUUCUUCAUAUCUGAUGAGGAACUUCUUUCCAUUCUGGGUACAUCUGACCCAACCAGUGUUCAAGAACAUAUGCUGAAGCUAUUCGAUAACUGUGCAGCAUUGCGCUUCGGUCGUGCUAACAAAACGGUAAUGGGUAUGCGGUCAUCAGAGGGUGAGACAUUUGAGUUCCGUGCUGCUGUCCCAGCAGAGGGCCCAGUUGAAACAUGGAUGACAUCAGUGGAGGCGGAGAUGCGGCGUACACUUUUCUUCAUCUGCAAAGAGUCUGUGUUCUACUACGCAAAGUCUGUCCGCAGCAGAUGGAUUAAAGACUACCUUGGGAUGACAACUCUUGUCGGAAGCCAGAUCUGGUGGACAUGGGAGGUGGAGGAUGUGUUUCGACAGGUUCGGGAAGGGAACAAACUUGCCAUGAAGCAAUUCAGUGCAAAGCUAACAGAGCAACUAAAUGAACUCGUUGGGAUGGUGAGAUCAGAUCUGGAUGAUCUUGAAAGGAAAAAAGUGAAUACACUUAUCAUCAUCGAUGUCCAUGCAAGAGACAUUAUCGACGUGUUUGUUCGUGAUAGUGUCCUGGACCACCGGGAGUUUGCUUGGGAGAGCCAACUGAGGUUUUAUUGGGAUCGGCCAAGCGAUGAUAUUCUCAUAAGGCAGUGCACUGGAAAGUUUAAAUAUGGGUACGAGUACAUGGGUUUGAAUGGGCGCCUUGUGAUCACUGCAUUGACUGAUCGUUGCUACAUGACCCUGACAACAGCUCUUACUUAUCGCCUUGGAGGCGCACCUGCAGGGCCAGCAGGGACAGGCAAGACAGAAACAGUGAAGGAUCUUGCUAAGUCCAUGGCAUUGCUCUGUGUUGUAUUCAACUGUGGUGAAGGACUGGAUUAUAAGGCAAUGGGGUCUAUAUUUUCUGGCCUGGUCCAGUGUGGAGCAUGGGGUUGUUUUGAUGAAUUCAAUCGUAUUGAAGCAGAGGUUCUUUCUGUUGUUUCCUCUCAGAUCAGGCAAAUACAGGAAGCACUGAAGAACGAGCUGCGGAAGUUUCAGUUUGAAGGGAAGGAGAUUGUGCUUGACGCACGAAGUGGUAUUUUCAUCACGAUGAACCCGGGUUAUGCAGGGCGUACGGAGCUUCCUGACAACCUUAAGGCUCUUUUCAGACCAGUAACUAUGGUUGUACCAGACUUGCAGCAGAUCUGUGAGAUCAUGCUGUUCUCUGAGGGUUUUGACACAGCCAAGUUACUGGCGAAGAAGAUGACAGUCCUGUACAAGUUGUCAAGGGAGCAGUUGUCAAAGCAAUAUCACUACGAUUUCGGGCUGCGAGCAUUGAAGUCUGUCCUGGUAAUGGCAGGUGCUCUCAAGCGCGGAGCGCCAGAAAUGGAUGAACAGCUUGUACUCAUGCGAGCGCUGCGCGACAUGAACCUUCCAAAAUUUGUCUUUGAUGAUGUGCCGCUUUUCCUUGGUCUCAUCAAUGAUCUCUUCCCUGGAAUGGACUGCCCACGUGUGCGGUAUCCGCAGCUUAAUGACAUCAUCGAACAAGACCUACAGGAAAAUGGAUAUAUGGUGUUGACGGGCGCAGGAGAUCAGGUGGACAAAGUUAUACAGCUGUACGAAACAAUGAUGACGAGGCAUACAACCAUGGUAGUAGGUCAGACCGGGGGUGGGAAGAGUGUGAUUAUCCGCACCCUUGCUAGAGCACAGACAAAAAUGGGUGUGCCAACCAAGCUGUUCAUCAUUAAUCCCAAGGCUCAGCCUGUAUCGGAGCUGUAUGGUGUGCUAGAUCCGGACACGCGAGAUUGGACGGAUGGUCUGUUGUCAAGCAUAUUCAGAGAGAUUAACAAGGCGCUUCCAACGGAGAAAGAGGAGAGGAGGUACUUGGUUUUUGAUGGGGACGUGGAUGCGUUGUGGGUUGAAAAUAUGAAUAGUGUCAUGGACGACAACAAAUUACUCACACUGCCAAAUGGAGAACGUAUUCGAUUGCAGAAUCACUCAAAGCUGCUUUUUGAGGUUUAUGACCUUCAGUAUGCAUCACCCGCGACAGUGAGCCGCUGUGGCAUGGUCUACGUCGACUCACGGAACCUGGGAUAUAAGCCCUAUAUCUGGAAGUGGUGCAACUCCAGGCAGAGGCGGUCGGGAGGCACGAUCCUGGCGUUCCGUCCGCAUAAGGUGGGCGGUCUGAAGGUCCUCAAUGGUGAAUUGGGAGGGGUCGAGAGAGGCAGUGUCGAAGUUGUCAUCGGAGGUGGGUGGAGUGGUGUCGUUAUGGAAAAAGCGGGGGCAGGAGGGAGCGGGCGCGGAUUGGUGAUGGGGGUGGAGGAGUCGAUCGUGGUGAAGCAUGCGAGAGAGGAGGUCAGCAAGGGGCAUGUCGGGCUCGUGGGCGAGGGCGGUUGCAAGGUCUUUGUGGCAUACUCAUUUGAUGCGGGAGAUGAACGCAAAGUUGGGAACGACGAUGGUGGGGAGGUGGUGGCGGAGAGAGUGGACAUAUUGGACGAAGCGGUCCGUGGGACCGGUCUGGUGGAGGUGGCAGAAUUGUUCAAGGUAGUCAUCAAUGGUUUUCUGGGGGCGAAAGGUGGCAGUGAGAAGGUUGGCCCAUUGGAGGAAGGAGUGAUGUGGUCCUCUGGAGGCUCGGCGGUUGCUGACUUCAGCCAUCCACCAUUUGGCGGCAUUGCCGAGGAGGCGGGAGGUGSCAAUGGGGAGCCAGUGGGCAAGGGGCAUGUGGUGGAGGUGAAAAGAGUUCUCGAGUUGGGUGUAGUCGAGUUGGUUGUUGUCCUCACGGAGGUACUUGGGGGGGAGUUGUGGUAUUGCAGGGUAAACCCCGGAGGUGACUUGGGAAUAGGUGGGACAGAUGGUGGGGAUGGUCGAGGUCAUCAUGAUGGGUUGGGGAAGGGUAUGGGAGUGCGGGGGGGGAAGAGGGGUGACGCGAAUGGGCGAGGAGGCGGUGUGCUGGAUGCGCCGGAUGAGGGAGGAGGUGGGGGGAACGAAACAGUGGUGGAGGUUGAAGGCGUGGUGACGCGGUCGGAUAUGGACGACAUGGUGGCCUUUAUGUCGUCCAGAGAGGCGGUGACGGAGGUUUGGAAGGUGUUGAGUGCAUGGAGGAUGGUGGAGAGGUCGGGGGUGGCGAUGUUUGCUGGUGGUUGUUCGCCUGCGAGGUUGCGGGCGAUGCUAUCGACCGAGUCGGUGCGGAUGUCAGACAUGUUGAUGGAGGAUGCGGUCAUGUCGGGGGAAGAGGGGGUGGAGGACGCGGCCGGAACAGAUGUGGAGGAUGCCGCAGCAGCGGUGGCGGCGGCAGCAGCGACGGCGGCGGCGGCGGCGCGUUGGGAGUUCUUGGUUUGGCGUGGUGGCAUGUGGAGAUGGGGGGGGACAAUUCCUAUUUACAAGAAUAGAGCUGAGAAUGAGGCAGAUGUGCUGGAGGGUCUCAUGGAAAAGUACGUGGCGAAGUGCAUUGAUUUUGUCUUGGAAGGGGUUGAAGAUGAUUCGAUCACAAAGAAACUCACUCAGACGAUCCCCAUCACAAACCUGAACAUGGUUUCCCAAUUAUGUACACUUCUCGACGCGCUUCUGACAGAUGAGAAUGGUGUGACCGACCCUCAGACAAUGGAAGCUGUGUACAUUUUCUGUGUUGUUUGGUCAAUCGGCGCAGCAGUGGUGCAGUCCAGCUCUAUCCAAGAUCGUGACCGUUUCGAUAAAUUUCUGAGGAAUGUUACAGAACUCAGCUUCAGUGAGGCAGAUGCUGUUCCACCUGGCCAAAUUCCCGGAAAGUCUUUGUUCGAUUUCUUUUUUGACAUUCAUGACCUUCGCUGGCGCCCUUGGAAGGCUCUGGUCAGCGAGUAUCAGCCACCAGCGGACGGGAAGUUCUCGAACAUUCUCGUGCCAACUAUUGACACAGUCAGGACAACCUGGAUACUGGACACUAUUGUUAAGACAGGAAAACCUUUACUCUUUGUUGGUGAGAGCGGAACGGCUAAAACUGUGACUAUUCAAAAAUAUUUGGCAAGCCUUUCACGAGAGAGUUUCUUGGUGCUGUCAAUGAAUUUCAGCAGCCGUACAAGCAGUCUUGAUGUUCAGAGGAGUGUUGAAGACAGUGUUGAAAAGCGGACUAAGGAUACAUAUGGGCCACCAAUGGGGAAAAAGAUGAUUGUCUUUGUUGACGAUCUUAAUAUGCCAAGGGUGGACACAUAUGGCACACAGCAACCCAUAGCACUCCUGAAGCUGUUGAUCGAGAGAGGAGGUAUCUAUGACCGUGGCAAAGAUCUUAACUGGAAGAACAUGAAGGAUGUGCAGUUUGUUGGGGCGAUUGGACCCCCAGGUGGUGCAAGGAAUCACAUGGAACCACACACCCGGCGCGGCACCUCCACUAUGCCGUACACAAAGGAGGAGGAGGCGAAGAUGGCCGCCAUCCUGCAGGAGAGGAAGGAGAAGAAGGAGGCCAAGAAGAAGGCCCUGCAGGAGGAGCAGGCGGCAAAGUUGAGAAAGAUAGAGGAGGAGAUGGAUAGGGAGAAGGAAAGAUUGAAAAAGGAAGAAGAGCAGAAGCUGAAGGAGGUGGAAGAAGAAGAGGAGGAAGAUGAUCAGCCACUGGAGAGGAGAAGAGAACAGCGAGGGCAGAUGGAGUGGAAGUUGAGAGUGAUGAGGGAAAAGAAGAGGAAAGUGGACGCGGCGAUUGACGCGGUUAAGGACCUAGGGGAGAUGCAGCAACUAACCCUGAAGUUGACCCCUCAGGUAGACCUUGAGAAAAAGGUAGAACUUGCCCAGACUGUCGAGCGCUUAGCCCGGAUACAAGAACAACAGUACGAUUUUAGUCGAAGUCAGGACAUGGCUGUGCGCUCCAUACGAAUGGGGUUCCGGGACUUUGCUCGCGAAUUGGUAGGUGCGAUAGGAUCCGAGGUGAAUCAUCGCCUCGAGAAGACUGAACGAUUUUGCGCUGGCGCCAUUGAGGGCGUCAAGGCGGCAGCUCCCAAGGAGGAGGAACCACGCCCGCCGCGUAGAGAGCUAGUCAAGGUCAAAUUCCCUGAUUCCUACAGUGGGAAGAGGGAAGAGAACUUUGAUAACUGGGAGGCCAACGUUAAGACCUACGUGCAUUUGCAACAGGUCUCCCCGGAUCAGCAAGUUCUAAUUGCGAUCCACGCACUUAGAGAUGAGGCCGCCAGUUUCGCAAGAUCCCUUGUUCGCGCUGCCAAUUGCAGUGAUGAUCCCGUUGCCUAUUCAGCAUUUACUUCCCUCACUGAGUUCAUGAGAUUGCUGCGCGAGCGAUUUGCAGAUGUCGCUCGAAGCGUGGCCGAAGAGUUGAAGGAGAGGAGGCCCGCCUGGGCCAAGAUGAAGAAGGAGAAUAAAGGGCAGCUGAUUUUAUUAGAUGCAGAGAUUUUUAGAAGUAGAGUAGGGGCCCUAGUAGACUCAGGGGCAACCCGCAGCUAUAUUAGUAAGAAAACGCUGCAGAAGUUGAGGCUGGGACUUAAAGUCCAGAAACUGACAGAUCCCAUAGUUAGUAUCCUCGCGGACAAUCGUACCAUGGUUGUAGAGGGUUACGUAGAGGGAGUCCAGGCGUAUUUCCGCCUAGAAAAAGAUAAGAAGGUGGAGAAGGUCCUCCACUCCCUGACUCUCCUCGUAGAGGACAGCCUCCCGUUUGAUAUUGUGCUGGGAAUGGAUUGGGGAGAGGCAGUUGGGGCCACGCUCCAUUUGAAGGAGCACGAGUGUAGGCUCCCUAGUGUUGCAGGCGAGGCUAAGACUGCCCGCAUGUUCCAUGUGUCAGGAGUAGAGAAUUCAUUGGCACAUUGCUGCCUCAGUGCUCCUGCGUUCGCCAGAUUAGUGAAGAAGGAGCACUUAGAGGAACAGGUCUUUGUUGCCUAUGUUAGGCCAGUCACUGAGCCUAAGGAAGAGAAGCCCGUAGACCCUGCUAUUGCCAAAUUGCUGGAAGAGUUUAAGGAUUUGACUGAGCCGCCGACUGGCACGGUGCCGCGGGCCAUCCAGCACUGUAUUGAGAUAGAGCCUGGCAGUAGAACUCCUAAGGGUGCUGUAUAUAGGAUGUCCCCGCGGGAGUUAGAGGAGCUGCGGAAGCAGUUGGACGAGCUCCUUGAAAAGGGUUGGAUUAGGCCCAGCUCAUCUCCUUUUGGAGCCCCUGUUCUCUUUGUCCCUAAGAAAGAGGGAGAGUUGAGGAUGCGUAUAGACUAUAGGGGUCUGAAUGCCAUUACAGUGAAGAAUGCUGAGCCACUGCCUAGGAUAGAYGAUCUCUUAGAUCGAGUGCAGGGGGCGAAGUAUUUCUCCAAGGUAGAUUUGAAGUCCGGAUAUCAUCAGAUAGAGGUGCAUCCUGAUGAUCAGUACAAGACAGCCUUCCGGACUAGAUAUGGGCACUACGAGUUUAUAGACCCUCGAAGAGCAUCAGGUCAUCUCAGGCAGGUCUUGGAGAAGCUGAGGGAAGCUAACUUCAAGAUCAAUGCAAAGAAGUGCGAUUGGGCAAAGACCCAAGUUCUGUACCUAGGCCACGUCUUAGACGGAGACGGCGUUAAGCCAGAGGAUAGCAAGAUCGCAGCGAUUAGAGAUUGGCCCACACCACGUAUGCUGACAGAGUUGCGCUCGUUCCUGGGCCUAGCUAAUUACUAUAGGAAGUUCGUGAGGAACUUCUCCACCAUCGCUGCGCCCCUCCGCAGAUUGCUGAGAAAGGAGACCAUCUGGAAGUGGGAUAAGGACUGCACGUCUGCCAUGAAGAAGUUAAAGCAAGCAUUGAUAGAGUAUCCAGUCCUUAAAGUCGCUGACCCAUCCUUGCCCUUUGUCGUCACGACUGAUGCGAGUCAAUACGGCAUAGGCGGAGUGUUGCAGCAAGACGAUGGCAAUGGGUAUAGACCCGUAGAGUUCAUGUCCGCCAUGAUGCCUUCAGAGAAGGUCGCGACAUCGACCUAUGAGAGGGAACUCUACGCUCGUAGGCAAGCCUUAGACCACUGGAAGCACUACUUGCUUGGGAGGCAUUUCAAAGUCUAUUCUGACCAUGAAACGUUACGAUGGUUAAAGACGCAGGCCAAGAUGACACCUAAGCUUACUAGGUGGGCCGCAGAGAUAGAUUCGUACGACUUCGAGCUCAAGCCUGUCAAAGGGAAGUACAACGUAGUCGCAGAUGCUCUGAGUAGGAGGGCAGAUUACUUUGGGGCAAUAGUACACUAUCUUGAUAUCGAGAAGGACCUGCAACAGAAGGUUAGAGAGGCCUAUGUGCAGAACCCUAUCUAUAGUGAGCUCCUUAAGAAGGUCAAGGAGGCUCCAGAGACUGAUCCGAACUACCGCACUACUGAAGGGCUGCUCUUUGAGAAGACUAAUGUAUUUGACCGCCUGUGCAUUCCCAAUAGUGAAGAGAGUGCCAGCGCCCAUUUGACAGAAAUAACAUUACAACUGUACAGCUUUGUCGUGGAGAAGUUGCCUCCUACACCCUCGAGAUUCCAUUACAUCUUCAACCUCCGUGAUUUGAGCCGUGUGUAUGAGGGGCUUUCCUUGUCAACACAGGAUCAUUUCACAACGGGGGGAAAGUUUGUGCGGCUGUGGAGAAACGAAUGCCUUCGAAUUUUCCAUGAUAGAUUGAUUUCCAAAGAGGACAAGAUGCUGGUCAUUGGCCACUUGGCAGAGCUUGUGAAGAAGAAGUACGCUGCCUCAGCGGAUGCAGUUCUGGCCGAUCCUAUAGUAUUUGGUGAUUACAAGCAUGCUCUGAAGGAGGGCGAAGCUCGUCUGUAUCAAGAUCUUAAGGAUUACGACUCUAUCAAGCCCAUCUUUGAGGAGAUUCUUGAAGAGUAUUGCCUCAGAAACAAGAAGAUGAACCUGGUGAUGUUUAAUGAUGCAUUGGAGCAUGUGACCCGGAUUCAUCGCAUUGUCAGGCUCAGCCAAGGAAAUGCCCUGCUGGUGGGAGUGAGCGGUAGUGGCAAGCAAAGCCUGGCCAAACUCGCAGCAUUCACUGCCGGCUGCCUUGUGUUUGAGAUUACCUUAACAAGGAAUUACGAUGAAACAGCAUUUCGUGAGGAUCUUAAGAAGCUUUACUCAACACUUGGAAUCGACAACAAGAAGGUCCUCUUCUUGUUCACGGAUUCACAUGUUGCUGAUGAGGCCUUCCUGGAGCUUGUUAACAACAUGCUCACUUCAGGAAUGGUUCCCGCUCUGUAUGCCGAGGAAGAGAAGGAUGUCCUUGUCAAUCAGGUGCGAGAUGAGGUGACAGCAAAGGGACUUGUGGAUACGAAGGAGGUUUGCUGGGGUUACUUCACCAGUAAGUGCCGGGACAACCUGCAUGUGGUGCUUGGCAUGUCACCUGUUGGUGAGACUCUGAGGACACGAUGUCGCAAUUUCCCAGGGAUGGUUAAUAACUGUGUCAUUGACUGGUUCACUCCUUGGCCCCCGGAGGCGCUGCAUUCUGUGGCCUCUGUCUUUCUCACAGAAACAAACCUUCCAAAUGAGCUCCGAGGGCAGAUCAUUGAACACAUGGUGAUGGUGCACGACUCAGUAUGCACAUUCAGCCAGGAGUUUGAAGCAAGGCUUCAACGCUACAAUUAUGUUACUCCUAAGAACUACCUAGACUACAUAGGAAACUACAGGACAUCCCUUUCUGACAAGAGGCUCGAGAUGCAAAAGAUGAUUUCAAGACUGGAUACUGGACUGACCAAACUUGUCCAGGCAGCAGAAGAGGUGGCUACAAUGCAGGUGUCUUUGGCAGAGGCUAAGAUUGACGUUGAUGUGAAAACAAAGGAGUGCAAUUCGUUGUUGGAGGUCAUCAGCAGUAGCACAGCAGUGGUGGAGGCAAAGCAAACGGUGGCAAAACAGAAGGAAUCAGACCUCUCCCUCCAGAGUGUUCAGAUUGCAAAAGAAAAGGUGGAGGCAGAGGCAGCCCUGGUGGAGGCUAUGCCUGCGCUCAUGGCCGCAGCGGAAGCCCUCAAUAGUCUGAAAAAGGAAGAGAUCACCGAGAUCCGGUCUUUUGCGAAACCGCACAUCCUCGUCCAGAAGGUCUGUGAGUGUGUGGUUAUCUUGCGCAGCAUCAAAGAUGUGUCGUGGAAAGGCGCCAAGGCAAUGAUGGCAGACCCCAGGUUCCUGAACUCGCUCAUGGAGUACGACAAAGAUGGAAUCACUGAGAAACAGUAUCGUGCACUGAAGGAGUACUUCAAAGACCCAAAGCUUACGGUGGAUGAGUUGUGGACAAUCUCAACGGCAGGAUCGGGGCUUCUGAGAUGGGUUGUGGCAAUGAUGCAUUACUACAAUGUGGCAAAGGGUGUGGCGCCCAAACGCCAGGCUGUUGCGCGUGCAGAGAGCAAUCUCCGCCUCUCACAGAAAGAACUGGAGAAGAUUCAGCAAGAGGUAGCUGACCUCAACACACAGCUCGCCAAUCUUCGGCAGCAGUUCGCAGAAAACACGGCUCAGCAGCAAGAGCUCAAGGCCAGGGCAGAUUUGAUGGAGAAACGCCUAGAUGCAGCACGGCGACUGAUUGCAGGGCUCGGAUCCGAGAGGCAGCGCUGGGGUCGGGACAUCGAACAGCUGGGGAUUACCAUGCAGCGCUUGGUGGGCGAUUGCCUCCUCACAUCAGCCUUCCUUUCAUACACUGGAGCCUUCACAUAUGAUUUCCGGACCCGGAUGGUGCAUGAUCUGUGGGAAGCAGAUCUGGUGAAGCGCAGUGUUCCCAUGAGUCAACCUUUCAAACUGGUCACGUUGCUGACCAGUGAGGUUGAGAUUAGCAAGUGGGCAUCAGAAGGACUUCCCUCUGACGAUCUGAGCAUUCAGAAUGGUAUAUUGAUAACGCGAGCGAGCCGCUUCCCUCUAUGCAUUGAUCCACAGAUGCAGGCAGUAACAUGGAUAAAGCGAAAGGAGGGAAAACUUUUGGAUGGUCGGGUGAAAACAUUUAACGACUCGGAUUUCCUCAAGCAGCUCGAGCUCGCAAUGCAAUAUGGGUUUCCAUUCCUCCUGGAGAAUGUCGACGAAUACAUCGAUCCAGUCCUAGAUCCUGUUUUGGAGAAGAACUUUGUGUUGCAGCCUGGUGGGCGAAAAGUCAUCAAGCUCGGAGAUAAAGAAGUUGAAUGGGUGAGUAAUACUGACCAUUUUACUGUAUCAACACUCUAUUCUGCCUCUUUUGGUUUCCCAGGAAAGACAGCUUCGUUCUAUGUCUUAUACAGAUUGCAGUCAUGGUAGAAUAUGCUGACAUGGCCACCUGCAGUGAUUUGAAUUCCGUUUGUUUGGACAAAACAAAACAAAACAAAACAAAAAAACAGCG